CCCCAAAAUAUGCAUAUAUGAAAAGGCCCCAAAGUAACUGUCAUUGACAGGGAGUCUUAACCAGGAAAGGAAAGGAGACCAAACUGGCGGGGUCGGUGGAAGCGCAGCCGGCAGCGUCCCAGAGGAGGAGUAAAAACUGACACUUGGAUCAGAUUAUAGAAGUUUACACUAUUGGAGUUCAUACUCUGUUCCUGGACAUGAACAGAGAUCCUGGAUCUGGGUAUCAGCAGGCCCUGGCCGGGUUUGAACCCCUCACCCCUGGUGCACAUGGCCAGUGUUCUAAUCAUUGAGCAACAGGCGCCCAGCCACAAGUGGGUUUCAGGUUAACACAUUCAUUGGAAUUGGGCAUUAUAACACAAUGUUAUAGCUACCUGAAAACUUUUGUUCCUAUGCACAAAGAUGUCUUUGGUGGACUUGGGAAAGAGGUUGCUAGAAGCAGCAAGGAAAGGCCAAGAUGACGAAGUGAGAACAUUGAUGGCAAAUGGAGCCCCAUUCACCACAGACUGGCUUGGAACAUCACCCCUUCACCUUGCAGCUCAGUAUGGUCAUUAUUCCACAGCAGAAGUGCUCCUUCGAGCAGGCGUUAGCAGGGAUGCUCGGACCAAAGUGGACAGGACGCCCUUGCACAUGGCUGCAGCUGACGGACACGCGCACAUAGUGGAACUUCUUGUUAGGAAUGGUGCAGAUGUGAAUGCCAAGGACAUGCUGAAGAUGACAGCUUUGCAUUGGGCCACAGAGCACCACCAUCGGGAUGUUGUAGAGCUACUUAUCAAAUACGGAGCUGACAUCCAUGCUUUUAGCAAAUUCGAUAAAUCUGCUUUUGACAUAGCCCUGGAAAAAAACAAUGCUGAGAUUUUGGUCGUCCUCCAGGAAGCAAUGCAAAACCAAGUGAAUGUGAAUCCUGAGAGUGUGGACCCUGUGCCUAGUCCUAUGACUGUUGCUGCUCCCUUCAUCAUCACAUCUGAAGCGGUUGUUAACCUCACUAACCUUGUUUCUUCAGCCAACACGAAACCAACCUCAGGUGAACCUCAUGUCUCAACAGUACAUUUCUCAAAUUCUACCACCUCAGUACUGGCCAUGCCAGCUCUUGCUGAGGCAUCAGCCCCCAUCUCCAACUCAAACAGAGCCACAGCCAAUUCAGAGGAAAUUAUAGUGGGAAAUUCUGUUGACUCAUCGAUCCCACAAGUGAUGGGGAGUGGAGGCCAGAGGGUCAUCACCAUAGUGACUGAUGGAGUCCCUCUGGGUAAUAUCCAAACUGCAAUUCCUCCUGGAGGGAUUGGCCAGCCAUUCAUUGUAACUAUGCAAGAUGGACAGCAAGUUCUAACUGUGCCUGCUGGUCAGGUUGCAGAAGAGACUAUAAUUGAAGAGGAAGAGGAAGCAAAGUUGCCACUGACAAAGAAACCAAGAAUAGAAGAGAUAACAAACAGUACAGAGGAAAGCAAGAUAACUUAUGAUCAGGAAUUCUUACCUGGUGAUGGCAGCGAGAGAGAGCAACUGCAGCAGCAACUUCAGGAGGCCAAUCUAAAAGCCCAGGAAUACCGACACCAGCUCCUAAAGAAAGAGCAGGAAGCAGAACAGUACCGUUGUAAGCUGGAGGCCAUGACCCGACAGCAGCCCAACGGAGCUGAUUUCAGCAUGGUUGAUGAGGUGGCUGAGGUAGAUGCUAUAGUAGUCCCAGAGCGGAAGGUGGAAGAGAGAGAGACAAAAGUUACUGGGUCAGGAGGUGCCAAAGAGCCUCCUCAUACUGCAGUUUCCAUAGAAACUGUUUCAUCUUAACAUGCAAGGGCCACAGUUCGCAGUGUGUUCAUCUUACUCCUCUUUUAAAAAAUAAUACAGAAGACAAACAUUGUAUAAAAUUACGAAUGUCUUUAAGAAGAAAAUUAUGGCAGGUUACAGUGCUUGGGCUUAGGAAGAUCCCUUUACAACUGGAAAAUUCAAAGCCAUAUUUAGGGAACACUUCUUCUGAGGGAAAAAAAGAAUAAGGACCAAAUUUCUUAGCCUGUAUCAUUGCUUUAAGCAUAAAUUUAAAAGAAUGCUAGGUGUU